AUGGCGAAGAUUAUUGAAAUUUGGUUAACGAGAUUUUCGAACAAACUAAGAGAAGAUCUGAAGGAAUGCUACGACGUGUUAAAAAGGGAAGAAAAGGUCACCAAGGAGGAAUUUAAUUCCAGAUUACAAAUACUAAAGAAUCAAAUUGAAGGCGGACUUGCCAAAUUGGAGGCAAAGGAGCAAGAAUACAAGGAAUUGAUCCAGGAUCUACAAAGAGAUGAAAAGAGGCAGGCAGAGGAAGAGUAUGAGCAGUACGCUAUUGAAGAAAACGACUAUUUAAGCGUCAUCAUUAUUGCCACAGAUGCUCUUGCGAGAAUUAAAAGGGAGCUCCUGAUCGAGGAGACAUCAAGUCAAAGGCAGAGUGGAGAAGUACGAAACCAAUCAAAAGGUAUUAAGCUUCCCCGGAUUACGCUACCAAGGCAAAACAGAAUAAGACAAGAGAAACUUGAAGAUGAAUCGAGACAGACAAAGCGCACGACGUAUCAAAAAGAUAGCGCAAAAAGACGACCUCUGUUAGCAGCACUAACCUCAUCUUCUAAUAAUAAAAAGUUUCAGGUUGCGAAACAGCCAUGUAUUUUUUGCAAUGAGAUGCAUUUUUACGAUGAGUGCAAAAAAUAUCCAUUUUUGGAAGAGAGACAAAAGAAAGUACGAGAGCUAAACUUGUGUUACAGAUGCUUAAGGAAAGGGCAUGUGAAGCGAGACUGCAAAUUGAGAAGACCCUGUGCAUAUUGCAGCAGUAUUAAUCAUCAUAGGGCAAUGUGUCCAACUCAAUUUAGAACCAAAAUGGAACGAGAAAACAGUUUUGAAAAUUGA